GCGACAACGUUCGGUCGAGUUUUGCAGAUUCGCUCCGGGGUCAUAACGUCGAACGGGCGCGUGGCGUUUUUUGCCUUCUUUUUCAUAAUCCUAGCACAUUCCCAUCAGAACCAGCGUGCGGAUAGUAGCUAGUGGGGGACACCAAAAAAGGGAGGCUUACACAAUAGCCAUAAGCUAUCGGCGGGUCGUGUUUGUUCGGUUCGAUGCGAUUUGCGUGUGUGUGUUUGUAUGCGACAGGUAAAAUCGGGAGAAUGGUGACGGUGGCGGUCGGCGGCAUUCCGGUUGUCAUAUGUUCCAUGGAUGUCGUCCCCCUUGUCCGCUUGGGACGGAUUCCCUGCUGAUUCGGCUGGGAAUUAUUGUUCCUCACUAAAACUACACGGAACGAGAGUUGUGUCUUACGUGUGUUUCGAUAUACCGAUGCCGAUUGAGGCUGGAUUCCGGCGAGUGUCUCUUCUACCGUCCGGCGAAGGGCUAGAAUAGGUUUGAAGAAAGAAAAACAGGAAGCAAAGAGGUGAAACGAAAGUGUCUGGCUUUGGCCAAGUUUCAGGGGUCUAAUCAAAUCGGGGUGGAAGGUAGUGAUUAUUGGAUGAAAUUCGAGCCAACGUGAAUUUUAAAUAGCAACCAAAACCUAUCCACCUAGUAGUGGUAGUAGCAGUAGUAGUAGGUGUGUUUCGACGGAGCGAACGUGGUUUAGUGAAAAUCUGCUACAUUCAUCACAAUAUUCAUUUGUCGGUUGCCGGUGUCGUGUGGGCGGAAGGCUCAUAUAGGUGUAGUGUGUCAGUGGUACGACGAGGGAGGACAGACAGACCAGUGAAAACAGAAAAAAAUAUGUUGCGAUUGUGAGAAAUACUAUGAAAGGCUGAGAAUAAGUAUCGUGUUCGGUGAGAGCCAGGAGAGAAAUAGUGGGAGAAAAUUAUUCACGUCUUCUUCCGAAGAGAAACGAUUCGCAAUUUUGUGUGGCUUCAAGCGAACGUGGAAUUUGAGCAGUUUUGUGAAACAGAUAAGCCGACCUGUAAAUAUAUUAAAAUCGCGACUUUGUCGCCAGAGUUAAUCAGAUAUUCCAGCCUUGGUGAAUCGAUUACGAGUGCGGUGGUCGGCCAAAAAUAGAAGAUAGAUUCGGACCUGCUCGGAAUACGCAAAGUAACAAAAAAACCCGUUGUCUCGUUUAUCACUCGUAUGCAGAUGAAGGCGAGUCGGCUGAAAAGAGCAAAUACAGUUGUCUCGAGUCCCAAAUUCCAGCUCAUUUGAACAUAUGUUUUAGUGAUCGGUUUUGCGGCGAGGAAGCCCCAACUCUCGAUCGUUCUCUGCACCCACUUUAUUGUUUUUGUUUUGCUUCGUACACUCUCGGAUCCGGUUCCCGGUUGUUGGUAGUAGUGGUGGUACGGGGGGUGCUGCUGGUAGGCGUGUGGAACACAUGGUUCAAGCAUGGUAGCAGUGCCUAUUACGAAAUUUUGCCCCGUUCGCGCUCGUGAAUGAGAUAUGAAGCUAGGAAAGAUUGUUUGGAUCAAAACAAACGAUUGCAAAGUGUGAGAAAAAAAAAAGGAAAACAGCCGAAAAAGCAAUAAAAGCAGAUCUUGCAACGAGAUUGUGUGUAAACAGCGCGAAUUGAAGCGAUUGCGAAAAUAAACAACGGAGAGAAACAUGAAAUUCGUGUAAGCAACAACAAAAAAACCCAACGAAGGUAAAAAGCGAGUAAACGGGUGAUCAAACGAGGGAAAUUGAUCUCGAUCGAGCCGCCGAAGUGAAGUGCACGUGUAUGUAUUUGUAUUUGCUUGGUGCAAAUCCAAAAGGUUUUAGUGCAGAUUUUGUGCGCAGGAGGCAGGCAAGUGAGGUGAGAAUGGUGGCCUUCGGAACGGCUUCAAAUCCAUUGGCGGAGCAGCGCUUUGGCAGAGCGAGAUAAGUUUCAACCGGUAUAGCAGCCGAAAUUGGAUUAAUUUUCUACUCUGCUGCGGUUUUCUCGGUUUCUCGGCUGGAGAACAUCGCAAUCGGCACCAGACCACUGCAACCCGUGAACGACGUGCAUCCAGCGAAGCUUUAUGAACCAAAUUCAGCAAGCGACCGAUCCGACCAAAACAGGCCCGCUGCUUGUCACAAGGUUUUGGCUGUUGGUCAACUCAUUCCCGUACCUCAAUCGGAGCACACGACACCCAACCAGCAACCCGUAACCCGCAAAACCAGUCAAGCAAUCAACGAGCGAACCAACCUACUAACCAGGGUCUACACCUCCGCGGAAGCUGGGAGAGCAUGCGGGUGCGGCCAAGAGUAACGAAAGAGGAAAAAAUAAUUGCUCCGCUGAAAGUGAGAACAACGUGAAAAUUGCAUCGCGCGCGAGUGGAAAUAAAAAGCACCGGACGCGGCAGGCGGCGGAAAAAUCCCACAAAAUCAGCUACGGCUCCAGUCCUGCUCAAUUCCUCGCAACCGCAAACAUCGUAAUCGCAAAUGUCAACCGGGCGGUCGAGAGUCACUUUUUGCCCCGUUCCCGGAGGCUGCAAAUUAAUGGAAUAAAAAUUGUAUCAUUGGGUUCGAGCGGGAAAUGAAGGUGACGCAAAACGCUGGGAAAAUAAAUAAAACAUUAACGAAAAUUGUUCACUUUCAACCCCCGCCUACUCCGAGAGAGAGAGGCUAAACUAGGGCGCGGGGUAUGUGUGCCAGUUGUGUAAGUUUUCUUCGUUAGCCCACUGUUAGGUAUCCACUAUUGUCGUGUUCAAGUUGGUUUUGUUCCACUCUGAAGUGUUAGAUAAUUCCGGUUGGCUGUAGCAGGCUGUACCUACAGGCAGCCGAAAGAGUAAAUAACGUCACCGUCACAAAGGCUGAAAGUGAAGUGUCUGGGAAAUUUUGGCGGAGUGAAUUUCGACCCCGUUAUAGGCGACGGAAGGGUGAGAAAAGUUGAAAUAGUGGAAACGUCGUGGCCAACCGUAAUAAAAAAAAAGUGCGGGUGGAUGCAAGUGAAAAGAAUCGAGAUAGUAUGCAUUUUGCACGUGGCCCAAGUCGGUGUGAAAAAUCGGCGACAUAAUUGAUGCUGCCGGUUUGGGGAGUGAUUUAACUUCGUACCUUGCAGCGGCAGCGACGGCGGCAACUUUGAAUUAGAUUCCUAACCACGUUGCCAUCGAGUGAGAAACGAUGCUUCUGCAGCCUGGGCAUACGCUCAGUGCUGAUCAAACCCAGCAGCAGCAGCAGCAGCAACAACAACAGCAGCCGCAGAACUCACCGAUACUGCCGUCAAGUCAAGUGUCGCAGUCAACACCACAGCUGCUACAAUCGCAGCUGCCGGUGAAUCUGCUGUCCAGCCAGCAACCAUCGUCUCUCACGUCCUCGUCCAGUACGUCGUCGACGCCACCGAUCCAGGAUGUUAACCGAUAUCUGGAAAUGGCACAGGAGGUUCUCAAGGAGGGCUGGACGGUGCACACGGCCAAAGAUGGGCGGCUGUACUAUUGCAACCACAUCACACGCACCGCAGGAUGGCUGCCACCAAUCGAGAACUGGGUACAAACGAUCGACCUGCCGUACGGCUGGGAAAAAGCGGUCGACCUGAAAGGCCAACCAUACUACAUCAACCAUCUGAACAAAACCACCACCUACGAGGAACCGGAGCGGUAUCACUACAAUGACUCCCCGCCGGAACCGCGACUGGUGGUGCUCCAUCGGAGUCCCACGCUGGGCUUCGGCUUCGUGGCAGGAAGCGAAAAACCUGUGAUUGUUCGGUUUGUGACCGAGGGCGGACCUAGUGUAAAUAAGCUGGAACCCGGUGACCAAAUAUUAGCUGUAAACGGCGAGGACGUCAAGGACGCACCCCGCGACCAUGUGAUACAAUUAGUUAGAAAUUGCGAAAAUUCCGUAACGCUGCUGGUCUGCCAGCCGCAGCUGUACAACGCCGUCGGUCGCAAGUCUACGCUGCUCUCGGCCGGCAAGAAGGCUAAGCUGAAAUCACGCCCCACCCGCGUGCGGUUCGCCGAAAGCGUGUGCGUUAAUGGGGCACCGCUGUUUCCGCCAUCAGCAUUCUCCCUGGGGGAUCUGUGCGUUCCGCCAAUGGCGAACGUGCUCAAAGUUUUCCUGGAAAACGGACAAACUAAGUCGUUCAAGUACGAUUCGACCACCACUGUCCAGGACGUUGUUACAUCGCUACGUGAUAAACUAUGCCUAACCGCCAAGGAGCACUUCAGCCUGGUGCUGGAGCAUGUGAAAAGUUUGAAGCGGAACAAAUUGACCCUUUUGGAUCCACAGGAAACGGUAGCCAGGAUAGCAGCCCGGCCGGGAGCCCACAAGCUACGCUGCCUAUUUCGGGUUACCUUCGUACCGGUAUCGGCUGCGGCUCUAGCCCAGAAGGACCUGAACGCGUUGGACUAUCUGUUUCUGCAGUGCUGUAACGAUGUAACCCAGGAACGGUUCGCCCCGGAACUGCAACCGGAAGUGGCCCUCCGGCUGGCUGCGCUUCAUAUGCAUCAGCACGCGCUUGCGAACAAUAUUUCGCCCGCUAAAUUGACUGUGAAAACUGUAGAACGAGAGUUUGGACUGGAUCGCUUUGUGCCUGCCUCCUUGAUUGACGGUAUGAAACGCAAGGAGCUUCGACGCCUCCUGGGGCAUUUCCUAAAGUUGAACUCCCAGAUGACGGGUUCCUCGACUAAGAUGUUAACACAGUUACAGGCGAAAAUCCAUUAUCUGGAUAUAAUCUCCGGGCUGCCGAGCUACGGUGCGAAAUGCUUCAGCACGAACCAACGGGAUGGCGUAGAACGGGUCCUGCUAGUUAGUCCUCGCUUCGGCCUGAGUCAAAUUGCUGGCGUGCGGAAUACGGUGCCACAGCCAAUUUGCAACCUGGAAGACCUCAUACGUGUAGUGGUGACCCGAGACGAUGACGUAUCCAAUACGGUAGCCGUAUUCAUCACUCCCGAUCGGGUAAUAAACUUUUCGAUGGAGGAUCGAGACGCCUGCGAGUUUGCCAUCGUCCUCGCCGGAUAUUAUGGACUUAUCGCCGGCAAAGAACUUCCCUUGGAGCAGGAACGAGAAACCGUAGUGGAAGAGAUCGCACCACCCUAUCUCUCGCAGCAUACCGUAGUCCACUCUUGCUGGAGUUAUCUUCCCUCGGAGAAGCAAACCCACAGUAUGGCAUUUCUGAUGCCUCCGCCAUACCAUUCGACCAAAACGGUGUACCUUCCUUCGAAAUCGGACGAUUGCGAUCGGAAUAUGAACAACACAUUAACGUCGAACAAGAACCUCAAGCUAGCCGGUAGCGACGAAUACGGUUUCGAGCUGCAUAACCCUCGCGUUUCUAGAGAUGGUCUUGAUCGAGCGAGCGGAUCACUGAAAUCGGAAGCACGAAACGAAGAGGUUCUUCGAAGGGUGGCGGAGAUGCACAAAAUGGUGGAGAGCUCCGAACGGUAUCUGAAUGAACACGGCGAAUAUUGUCACGAGUUUGACGUGCGGCCCGGUAAGCUAAAUCUGUGGCGUGAGACAUCUGUCGACGUGGAAAGUGAUUGCGAAAGCUUAAACAGUAGUAAGCAAUCUUCGAAUGAAGAUGCUCCAGGAGUAUUGAAGCAUAGUGAUUCCCUCACAUUACUUACGGAGACCAUCAACCAAGGCCUGGACGGCAUUGCCAAGGGAUUGAACUCGAUUUACACUGCUCCAUUCAGCGAGGUAAAUGGGCAGUUGGAGAGUAACUCGGCCCAGAGCACACCCAAGAGCCAACGGAAGGUUCAAGGGUUAAGUCAAAUCCUUAGCGAUUUACAAGCAUUAGGCAAUGAUUUGUCUCAGAGUGAAAGUGAUUCCGAAUCUUUAUACACUCCGAACAGUUCCCCAAUUCAUAAAAAUCCCAACCAAAUGCCUCAAAGUAGCCUAAGAAACAAGACUUUGCGUACGAGCUUCGGACUACAUAGUCCAGACAGUUCGAUUCUUGGUUGUGAUACAAAAGAUAUGAACUUGAAAGAAUAUCUUCGUCAGCUAAAAGAAGCAAGCAGCAAUGACAAUUUGGAGAAUACCGACCUAGCAGCGAAAAAGAUAGCCGAAUUGUAUGGCUACGAGAUAGGAGACGAUACCAUCAUCGAAACCGAUCCAGAUAUUAUUGACCUUCGAUCUCUACCACCUCCUCAAACCCCCGAUGAGUUGGAUAAUCUGAAUGUACUGAACAUUCCUCCUACGGGUUUCGAUGAUGGAUCUAACUCAGCCGCGGCUUCCGGCAAAUUAAAUGCAUCAUCUACCGUGGAUAGUGUAGUCGGAGACCUGGAGGAAUUCUUAAAAAAGGUAACGAUAGAACCCCCAACUAAAAAGAUCACUCCAGCUGUAGAACUGACCCCCGAGGAAAUCUUGUCGUAUAUAAUUCCCCCUCCACCGGGACUAGCCGAUAAUGACCCAGGCACAAAACAACCCAUACCACUAGCACUGAAAAAUAAUAUUCCUAAUCUCCAGAGCCCAGCGAACAAUAAUAGUACCAAUACCAAGAACCUCAACCAUAUCGCAACAACCGAGCCGCCAGUGCCAAAACCAAGAAUCAACACCGAAACGAACUCCAUCAACUUACUGGCGAAGUACGACAAGUCGAGAUUUGAGGUGUACUAUCCACCGGAGAUGAGGGAGCAAAGAAGUACCGAAUACAACCUUUACAGUAAUUCAGAAGUAGCUAAUAUUAAGAGUCUACCAGGAGGAUCUGAGAAAACCAACGGCCAUGUCAUCGAAUACCCGACCGUUGACCGGAAAGGUCCCUUUUCUUGCUGUGCAAAAUUAAAGAAAGAAAAGACUGAAGAGCCAAUCGGAGGACAAGUCUCCAACGGUAUCAAAAUCUUUGAAGCAAAGGCUGAAGAACUGACACUGCCUCCGAAGCGUUGCCCUCAUACGCCGGAAACCAGUGUCCCUGAAAGACCGCCUAAAAGUGCUGAACUGCAACUUAAACUCAACUCUCCGAUUCGUUCUCCAAAUUCCCCGAAUUAUGCUAAAACGAACGGCAAUCAUGGCAGUUAUUAUGAAAUGGACCCUCCUUCGCUACCACCUCGAUUCGAGAAGCAAUCCACCUCUCCACCACCGGUAAACCUGUCUACAUUACCGCCGAAGAAGCCUCCAUUGCCACCAGUUCCUCUGAAGCCAUGCAUUCGUAGCCCCGUUCCGAUCCUCAAGAAUCCCAUGACGUACACAUUAUCCAGCUCCGCAAACAAUUCUCCGAUUCGAACAGCCGGUAUUGGUUCACCUCAUUUACACCGUAAUCCAAACUGUUAUAGGGAAAUUGAACGAGCAUUCAACAGAGACGACCUUUCCGAUAAACCUCCGCAAUCGCUGUCACCGACGCCUACGAACCGUCAAAACGGUCACUUCCGGUCGCACAGUGACUGUCCACCAGUCUGUCUAAAGAACCCAUCCGCAGAAAACAGACCACAGCUGUCGCUGCUCUGCUCACCACAGAUGUCCCGCAAGACGAACCUUAGCAACCCGAGCAGUCCCAUUCUUUCAAACAAGAAUGGUCACGUACUAAACGUCGACACACUGAUGGCAAAAACCGAUGUCGCCAUGGCUGGUUUGCUGGUCAAGUUGGACCAAGUCGCAGCCAUGUGCUCUGCUGCGCAAACCGCCGGCGGUGGCACCAGCAUUGAUGAGGAGAAAUUCCAGCUAGCCAAGGACGAACUGACCGACCAGUCGCUCCUUCUGGUGACAGCUUCCAAGCAUCUGGUCGUAUCGAUGUCCGAUGCCAACCUGACUAACCUACCGGAACAUCUCACAGCGUGCCUUUCGGCUCUGCGAAGGAUCACCGAACUGGCCCAGGACCUAACCCGAUAUACCUCGGCACCGCUGCAGACAAGGAACAUUGUGCUGAAGAUUCACGACGUCGCAUCCAGCUUCCGGGAGCUGGCCUGCGUCAAGGUAGGUCCACUCGGAGCCGGCCAGCUGGCAUUGCAUGCCGAGUGUCUGGCCAACGUGCUGGCGACACUGCUGCGCAGUUUGCGCGUUUUUUCACCCUAGAUGUGCGCGGACUGGGCGCCUGAUUUGCCGUUGUAAAUAGAACCGAGAAGCUGUUGGAAGUUGUGUUUGAUAUUGCAAGUUAGGUUAAUUGUUACUAUUUUGGUAGGAUCGGGAACAAUUUGUUAGAGAACGUUAAACGUAGACGUUAGUUUCAGGCAUUUGUUAUUUAUUAGAACUGUUUGAGUGUUCGAAGGAAGAUCGUUUACGGUUUAUGUGUUUGGUCAAACAGAAAACAAGGUUUACUGUAUUUAGGAGGAGUUUCAGCUUUAGAAUUGUAAAGGUCCAAGUAUUAGUGAUCUAUUACUUAGUUUUUCUGCACUUUGGGAACGAGUAGAUAAAAAUCAAGUUUUACAGCCAAACGUGCGAAACACGACCGAAAAUACUUUCAGGAAUGAUACAAGUAAUUUUUGAUUUCUCUCUUCCUUCUCACUGAAUACUCAGUGUAAACAUAUAUACAAUCGAUAGAUCUUGGUUUAAAUGUCAGCAGUGAUUUCUACGGACGAAUACAGCACAGUCUUACCUCACCAAGAUAAAAUUGCAUAGAACACACAAACGUAGAUGUGAGUCAACCUUCUCAUCGGCUGCUCUAUUUCUAUCAAGUUGAUACACCCCAUGAUAUCCCCGUACACGACUGUUUCUCCCUGUUUCUUGUUCAGUUUUAGUUAACAGCUACCGUAACUACACUAACUCUCUGCACGCUUCCGUUAAGGCGCUUUGCUCCAACUCCAAUACGCUGGGCCGAGCACUACAUGUUCAAGGAUCUCUACUGAACAUCACUUUAGUUAAUUUCUCGUCGAGCAUUCGCGCUACGUGCCCAGCCAACUGUAGUCUAUUGUGCUUUAUCAGACUUCCGAUAACAGUAUGUUUACAUACUUGGUACAGUUCGUGGUGCUUGCCUCUGUACCAUUCUUGCAUUUUCUCAUGAUAUUAUAACCGUAUUGUAUGUUGUAUUGUCAUAGUUUAUAGUCAAUUGGAUUUUCAUAGUCUUUUAGAAGACACAAACCUCUUCAACUGCAACUGCUCUGCGAUGUUCAUGAAUCCAAUGAGCAUUAUAGUUACUAUAUUCAUAGGACAGAGAACAGACAUAUAAGCUGGAACAAACUUUCCCGAAAGACCUGUGUAAACAUUAAAAUGAAAAUACGUUAAAAAUCACCAUCGCAUACAGGUUCGCAUGUAUGAGCCACCAUUGUAUCCAAGUUUGCACACAAGUCCCAUAUAGUGAUUGCUGGCCGAUCGAAGCGCCGCCAAGUGGCAAGUUGCUACUUGCUGUUGUCAUUUCAAAGCGACAGUUUUAUUUCACAAAAGCCAGAUAACUGGCAGCUCUUAUUCCAGGAAGAAAACACUGGCAUCGCAUGCAAAUGUUCACGCUCUAGCUUAAUAAUUUCAUUGUUGAUGUCGUCAGCAAGGACUUUACAAUCCGAUGAUAUGAUGUGGUUUCAUACUUGUACGAAUAUGGCUUGGUGUCACAGAUUUUUUUUGUUUAUUUGUUUCUCUACGCUCAAUAACACAAGCAAAAAGUAAAAUAAUUAUUACCAUAAUCACAACACCUUUACCAUAAACAUCCGAAAAGAACUUGUUAUGUGACGUCAUGCUCGAUUAGCUCCGGCAUUUGACAUGUUCAAUUGGCUCCGCACAGUGUCUCCACCUAACUAUGAAUAUAGUAACUAUAAUGAGCAUGUGAGAUUUCUUGAUGACAAUUCGCUUUCUUCACACAUCAAACUUCGUAUCGCACCUUCGAGUAUAAAUUAAAAAAGCUUUAAUCCCUAAAACCACUAACGAGUCGUGUGGCUCUCUGACUACUCCGACGCUUUAUUUUGACUUAUCCAGUGUCAUACGAAUCAGUUUGAUCAGUCUUGUUGAGAACAGGGCUGGCGCUAAACUUUUAGCCCGAGUAGGUAGUAAGGUAAGCAUAGGGUUGGGUUCGAUGCCUUUCAGUAGGCACAACACCAGUUCAGUCCGCUCGUGCUUUAGAAAUACCCACAGAAGCAUGUUGCCAGAUGUCUUAGUGACAAAAACGCAUCACAUACAUCCGAAAUAUUAAACGUGGGCGCCAAUAGUCUCAUUACAUUUGCCAAGACUAUUUUGGAAUGAAAAUUCCAAUCGAACACAAAAGCAUAAAAAUAAAUUCAUAUAUCCCAACGCUAAUUCAUAAGCAGCAAGCAGCACACACACGUCGCACGCUGCAGUGUUCAACUCAAUCUAAAACCCAAGUGGUACGAGCACUCGAAAAAUUUGUACACGGUUUAACUGGGUGUGGGCUAAAACCACCGCUGCCAAAAGUCCGCAGCGUCUACCGCUCACUGUACCGUUCGGAUGUUAUAGUUACUGUUACUCGCAUGGCAUGCGCACAACUAAUUAUUGAAAUGGACAAGCCGAGGGGAACGUCACUUCAGAAUAAUUGUUAUGUUCCGUUCAAUUUUGCAUUUCCAAUUUUGCUCGAAUUCCGAUCAAUUUGAUGGAACUGGCAACUCUGCAUGCUCUAUUUUCGAAACUUUCAAUAAUUCUGGCAACAAAAUAUAUGUUUCUGUUUUGAUUUGUUCCUACAGUUAUGCUGCUGGCAAUGUUUUGUUUUGAUUUUAUCGAGCACUGAAACUGUCAAAACGUGAAUUUCGAGCAAUUCAAUUUUUUAUGACACAUUUCAAACUAUCCUCGGCCAUUCCAAACCAUUAUCAUUUAAUGUCGGAAAUUCGAAUCCAUUUUGAUCUAACCAAUGCCAAUGCAGUUGUUUGUAGCAUCAUUCGCUCAAACCGUCCAGCUACUCAAUCAUUUUUCAUUUAUUUUCAAUUUCAUUGACCCUGUGAAUACUGGGAUAGACAACCCAAUAUUACCCAGAAUAUACUUCAGACUGUUUAUGUGUGCUUGAACAUGCUAAACAUUUCAACAUUUAACCUAAACUGGCCACUACAAAGCAGAUUACGGGUUUGGUUAGUGAAUGAAAAAGCAUCAAUUUGAAAUGAAGGUGCUCGUUUUAGUCAUGAAAAUCCCGCCAACUUAAAGGUAAAUGAUUGAAGGAGGCUUUGAAUUUGAAGCUUAGUUGCGGUAGAUUCAACUGAAAGUUGGCAUUUGAAAAUGAAAAUUCGCACCACUGGUCACAGGUUUGCAGGUUUUAAUAUAGAAAUUUAUAAUUUCGAACAGUUUUGUUUCGGUAUACUUUUUCCAAUAUUAAUGCAACAACCAUAAUUACCUAUACUUGUCCGUCUACGGUAUCCCCUGGAUUCAAACAGGGUAUCCCCUGGGGUAGGAUAUAUACCCUAAGUUGGGAAUCGCUGACAAAUACAAUAAAAACAGACACUGCUACAAUCAACAACUUAACGCCUUCGAACUUCAGUGCCUACUGUUUGACCAAACACAUAAUUUCAGGAUUUGAAAGGAUAAAAUAUGUUCAUUUUAGUGUAUUUUAACUGCAUUGUAUUCUAGAACAAUUAUGGUAUUAAACAAUUAACAACCCUAUGGUUGAUGUUAUCUAAACAGAAUUUCGAUUCGCAUAUGUGUAGUUAAAUAACAUGAUUAGCUUUAAUAUCCUCGUCAACUGCAAAGGAAAAAUAAUUCAUAUAGGCUAUAAAAUUAUGACUACAUGAGACCAUGAAAGGAUCAUAAAAUUAAAAAAACAAAAAAAACAUAAAACAUGAAUUAAUUAAGUGGCGAAAUCAAUCAAAUUGUAUCAACCGAACUACCGAAGGGAAUCAACCAAAACAGAGCUGCAAACAGAAAACCGUCAUAAUCAGUAAAUAUUGAUUAGCUCAUAGUUUCGCUGUCGUCAUAAAUUACACGCAUAUGGGACGGGAAACAAUCCAACCCCAACAACAACAACCGCGUACUAGUUAAGGUGAUUUCUGUUAUAGUAAUAAGGUAUAAUAUGACAUAUAAAACGACACGUGUGGGGCAGAAAAAAACUGUUAGACAUCUGCCGCAGACCACAACCAACUUAAAACACAAUAACGCGGUAAGCCAAUAUAGUAUGGAAUUACUCUCUAAUGAUUCUAUAUUGAAACCCUCGCCGUGAAUUAUGGCAUUCGCAUUAAUCGAUCGCACUGCAAUAUGGGCAAUAAUUUAUUGACAAGUACGAACGCCGCCAAUCGCGAGAACAAUGAAUGGAGAGAAAAAAAAAAUAUCUGUUCGAUGUGUGACAAUAUUGCAACUGAUGAUGAUAGUUUUAUAAGGCAUCACAUAUAACCCGUAUAUAUUAGUGCGUCAUAAAUUAGCUUAAUCUUUAACACACUAAGCGCAGGCAAUGUUUUAUAUUUAGCAUAUAUAGCAAGAUUAGGUUUCGAAUAAUGAAUCCCCUAUAAGUUGUAUCACAGAAAUAAAGCUCUUUGGGCCAUAUCAUUAAAUAGUAUACCAAAUCCAUAUCCACCAAAAAUAUAUCAGAUAAAAUUUUCCAUUUUUUUGCACUCCCCCCCCCCCCCCCCCACCUUAAAACCUAAUGAGUGUCAUAUCUACAAAACAGGUACAUGUACUCAACACAACCUAUGUGUUUUGGAACAUUUUAAGAAUUCUGCGUGUGUCAUUUUACCUAGUUUUAGUUAGUUUUAUUUAAGCGUUGUAAUGCCUGUUAUUUUACUUUUCAAGUUUAUCACUGUUAUUUUUGCUUUACUAAAAGUAGAAACAAUUCUUAAUCCACUCCACGUACAACAAUGUCACCUGAUCCGAUUCAAAUCCGUAUGAGUUCAGCUAGUCAUGUGUUUCAAUGAACCAAGAAAAGCCGUAUUUCGUUUCACAUUCUCAACAUCACAUCAUUCCAGCUGAAAUUUGACAGUCACUCGACGAAGCGAACCUUUCGGUUUUAAUUUUAUCUAAUUUUAAAUAACUCUAAACUAUGGCUGAGCGCUAUUGUAACCACAGACUAAUCUAAAUACAGAUUAUACUAGAUUCACAUCCCUUAGCAAAUUACGGAGGGGGACGAACAAACUGUCGAAUCUGUUGAAUGUGUGUAUAACUAAUCACAGAAAAUGUAGCCGAAAUGAAAUAUCAGACAUGCAACAGUGCGAAUGUUUCAGUUCAAUGAAAGCAUCUAAUAUAAACAAUACAUAUGAAUACUACCUUGUACUACCACAAACAAAAAUGAUGACGAAAUUAUUGUGUAAUGGAUGAAAUCCUACCCCCAUUUCCUCUCUACCUAACUGAUGUAAAACUCAAACAUAUGAAUCGGCAAGUAGAUAAGCAUAACUAAUAAAAUUAGUUAACAUUAUUA